UCGAUCUAUCGACAGCGAGGUAUCGAGUCUGUCGCUUCACGAUUCAUCGUUAAACGAAAUCGAUCGAUGCACAUCGAAUAUCGAUAACUCGCUCAAUUUGUACCAUCUUUCGAAAAUUGAAAAAUGCUUACUCUACUUGUACAACACGCUGGACGUUGAGGACGAUGAUCGUUGUCAUAGAUACAAUAAUGACCGAGAUUCGACAGUGAGCAAUGCCUCGAUUCUUGCAAAUUAUACAGAAAGUGAAAACGAUAUGGAAAAUGAAUACAGUGUAAGAAAUUCCUGUGAUACGGGAAAAUUAUCACCGGAAUAUGACGUCAAACGGGAAGGUUCAUCUCAAGUAAAAAUUGAGAAACCGAGUCACCGUUACAUCGCUGAGAGAAAAAAAUACAACAGGACGGUAAGAAAGAGAAAUAAAAAUUACCGGAGACAAGCGUCUCAUGAUGAGAUUGCCGAAAAUUUAAACAACUGGGCAAGAAUUGGUAGUAGUCGGGUGAAGUUUCACCCUUUCUUAAGAAUAUUUGACAAAAAUGGCUUUGCAGUUACCAGAUCAGUGAAAGACCACGACAUUCGAACCCUACGAUAUUCAAACACGCCUAAGUUCAACUCGUUCCUUUUGAAGGCAGCAUUAAAAUACCGCGAUCCUAAAUUACUCGCAAAUGCAGUAGUUUUCGCAAAAAAAAGUAUUCCACAAACUGGACACCGCGUGGAUGCCAAAAGAUCAGGGGCGAAUAUAGAUAGCAUGCCGGAAGAAUUCCGUGAAGUUAAUUCAGGUAAUGAUUCAGACAGUUUACAAAAACUUGCAGAGCUAAAGUCUAAGGAAUUUAAAAUCCGCAAAAAGAGCCCACUACCGAUCGACUUGUCGACUACAGCACUUGAUUCGAAAAUACAUGUUUUAAAGACAAACGGUCGAUUUUUGAAUCGACCAAAGUUGGAUACGUCGUCAAUGUUCCCGGGUGAAGGACAAGAGACUCUCGGGAGAUUUCAAAAUAUAACGUCGGAACUCGAAAACGUUACAGUUCGAAAAAACAUAGCGUCUUUACAGAAAGAAAUCAAAGUAAAACAAGAAGUUGUUGUUAUUAAUGAGACAAAGCCAAAAGCAGAGUGGAAAAUUUUUGAGGAAAAAAUGGAUCAGAUCCAGGCGAAAUCUGCGGAAGCAGAAGAAAUCAGAAGUCAAGUUUGGUCUAAAAAGAGGUGUUCCUUCAAUUUUCAAAUUGAGGAAAAUCGACCGAAAGCACAGGAUGUAAGUAAUAGCAUGAAAAAAAAUGCUGAGAAACCACUUCUUUCCAGAACUGCCGGAAAAAUUCAACGUGAGCAUGACACAGUAAAAAUUGAUUCUACUUGGCAAGAGGCAAAGGAAACUGUUGAAAAUGAGGUAAAGAUUUAUAGAGAAUCAUUGGAAAGAUCGAACUGUACCGAUGGAAUGCCUUUUAUCAGACUGGAAAGGAAUUUAAGUGAGAGGGAGCGGUGGAAAGAUUGCAUGAACGAUAUUCCAAGUUUCGAGACUGGAGUAAUUCAUAAUUUUGAACAGCCAGAAGUCGAAUCAAAUGAGCGCAGGAGUGAGGUGACUAAAAUUAAAGUAGAAGAUAAUAAACUGGACGAGGUGUCGAGGCGAUUAUCUUCAGGCCAUGAAAAUAUUGCAAAAAAUGUACAGGCUGGUGCAAUUAUCAUUGCACCAACACUGAAUUUUACCUUCGGUAAAUCUGCUUCUUCGGUGAGAGUUGAUCAGUCGGAGAACGUGAUGAAUUUCAUGAAACCCCCAAGGUACAUGCAGCGAUCUUUGGGAAAUGAAGAAAAUUUGAGUAGAAAUUGUCCCUUAAAUUAUUUUUCUGUGGCAGGAGCCUCGUACUCUGUCGUAGAUCUACCUACGCCCUAUUUGAAAACUCAUCAGCAAGGAUUAGUUUUGCCCAAACCGAUGCCCGAGGAAUCAGCGAAUACCGAUUUGACCUGGCGGUAUUUGAACAGUUCAGCAGCGGCAGAUGCUGAUUAUUUGAAUAAAUCGCCGAUUCUAAGGUCUAGAUGCUCGACUGAACUAGAACGUGCCAAGAUUGAGGUUUACAAGAGAAUUUUCGAGACGAUGCUCAUCGAUCCAGAUUUCGACUUUGUUCGAGCCGAGGACCAGCUCGAUAAUAUGAUUGGUGGACCGAUUUUCAGACAAGAAAAACGUGAGGAUGGUGGUGAAAUUCUUAGGAACUUCAACAAUAAUUGUACCAUCAAUAACCCAGGAAUAAACCGCUACGACUCGUCUGUCAACAAACGAUUUCAUCGACUAAAUGAUAAACAAAUUGUCCAAAAUAUGAACGAUCUAAAGCGUGUUAGAAUCAGCCCGAAUUUAACGAGAAAAAAAACGGUUGUCGAUUUGCCAGCGAUUACAUUGAGAGCUGAUCAGCGAGAUAGAAGGAUUUUUUAUCGAUUUGAAAAUCGUCCUAGACCUGCAGAUAUGUUUCGAAAUGACUAUAAUCGUCAGGGAUUGAAGGCUAAAACGACGGAGGAAAUCUUGUUUGAUUUGAAAGACUUUGUCAAUUUUCCAUCGAGUGUUACAAAAAAAAAGUGUUAAAGAACGAUGAUAAAUUACAUAUGGUUUUCAUGAUGGGAUUAUAUGGUACGAUUUGUAUCACUAGAAUCCAAAAAAUUUCGAAUACACUAUCUGAUGGAAAAAUUAGAUGCGCUCUUUUUAUGGGACUGGAAUUGGCUGUAUUCGAUUACCAAAUUCAUUUAUUAAUUGAUGUGUCACAUUGCUUAUUCCUACACUGAAUCUCAAUGCUGAUAUGAGAAGAACUGGAUUUAGCCGAAUUAAAGUCAAUAUUGACUAAAUGCCAGUGAUAAAGAAGAACUUUUGUCCGGAGAUACAAAUUUCCUUAUAAUUUGUGGACGUUUCAGAUUCCCGGAUACCUCGGUCCAACGAUUUAAGGUUUUUCUUUACUUUUUUCUCCACAAGAAUAAUUUAAGUCGCCUUGUGUCACCAUAUAACGAUACUCGAC